GCCGCCGAUCGCAGUAGCAGUGCUCCGGUCGUCCAGACCUCCCGACACACGCGCGCGCAUGCUCUUCCAAUCCACCGCCGCCGCCGUCCGGUGCGAAUGAUAAUAAUAAUAAUAAUAAUAAUAAUACAAAAAAUCACAACAACAACAUUUACACACAUAAUACACGUCGCGCCGAGAGCACAUUUCACGCUUUCAUUCAUUCUCCCGGCCAGCUCACCGGUAGUAAUAAUAUAAUAUAACAGGAUAUAUACCCGAAAGUUAGGUAUAGUCAUUAUUGUAUUGUAUCCACUUAUAAUAUCUAACACGGCCAUAAGAAAAACCUCUCGAGCCGCGAUUUCGCCGGUCCGACGGUUUGUCGCGAGUGCAGAAGUUUGUGCUAAUCGCGGCGCGACAUCAAACUAUAAAACACAUAUCAUAUCGGAUAAACAAAUAAUCACAUCGAUAAGCGCAGGCCGCAGACGCGCGCGCGGUCGGCUCGGGGGAGAACGUCGCGAGAGGGAUCGGUCGUGAACCGCGACGAGGAGCGGAACAGUAGCAGCAGCACCAGCACCACCAGCACCAGCACCAGCAGCACCAGCAUCAGCCAAAGUUCUAACCGCGUGCUGCCGACGCCGUGGACGGUCAGCGGACCCCACUAUGACCACAGACACGACCGGCCGGAGCAGCAGUGCGCAGUGAGCGGUACGAGUCGACCACGACGACCACUACGACGGUGCAGUAGUCGCGGUUCAGAACAGUGACGCGCGCGCAGACGGUACCCGAGAUGGCCGCGUUCAAGGGCCGGACCGGGACGGCGGCCGACGAAAAGGAGGCGGCGGACGCCAUGCUGGCCACCACGGCCGUGAUCGGAGACGGCUAUCGCAACGUCGGCGGUGCCGCUGCCGCCGCCGCCGCCGCCGCCGGAGACGACGACGACGACGACGAAGACGUGCAGUGCGGCAUCGGGCCGUGUCGGUCCAAGUGGAUGCAGGUGUUCGCGUCCAAGCAAGUGUUCUUGGCCACGUUCUGUUUCAGCUGGGUGUUGCAGGGCAUGUUCUCCACGUAUUUCGUGAGCGUGAUCACCACGCUGGAGAAGCUGUUCCAGUUGCAGAGCAAGACCAUGGGAUUGGUGCUCAGCGCCACCGAAAUCGGGCAGAUCGGCUCGUCGCUGUUGCUCACGUAUUACGGUGGCCAGGGACACCGGCCCAGGUGGAUAGCGUCCAGCAUGGUGCUGUUCGGGGUGGCCACGUUCGCGUGCUCGUCGCCGCACUUCCUGUUCGGCCACCACCAGUACUCGCCGGCGUCGGCGGCGAUGGCCGGCAGCGGGUUCGCCGGGCCGGCGGGUAACGCGACCACCGCGGCCGACUAUUACCCGUCCAACGUGUGCGUGCCGCCGGACGUCACCGCCGGACAGACCAGUCCUCAGCCGCAGGUGCAGCACGAGAUGUGCGAACAGAACGAACUGUCCGAACAGCUGGAACAGUCCAGGAACACGCAAAUCGUAGUGGCCAUAUUCUUCACCAGCCUGCUGGGCGUGGGCAUCGGUCAGACGGCCGUCUACACGCUGGGCAUACCGUUCAUUGACGACAACGUGGCCAGCCGCGAGUCGCCGCUGUACUUCUCCAUCACCAUCGGCGUCCGCAUACUCGGCCCGUCCUUUGGCUUCCUGUUGGGCGCGCUGUGCACCAGCCUUUACGCGGACCUCAGCAACGAGCCCAACAUGGACACCAACAACCCGCGGUGGGUGGGCGCGUGGUGGCUGGGCUUGGUGGGCAUUUCGGCCACGCUGCUGUUGACGUCCAUCCCCAUGUUCGCGUUCCCCAAGCGGUUGCCCAGCCCGUCGUCGGCCUGCAACGGCGCCUUGAAAAAGCAGCAUCCGCCCCCGUACGACGGCCUGCCGGCCGUGCCCAAAGCGCCCAAGCUCAAAGACUUUCCUACUGCCGUCAAGAGGCUGCUGAAGAACGACAUGCUCAUGUACAGGACCGCGAGCAGCGUGUUCCACCUGUUGCCGCUGGCCGGCAUCUACACGUUCCUACCGAAAUACUUCGAAUCACAGUUCCACUUCCCCACGCACACCGCCAACAUGGUCACAGGCAUUUACGGAAUCAUGGUUAUGGGCAUUGGAAUCAUAAUAUCGGGUAUAUUCAUACUGAAGAAAAAUCCCAAUGCUAGAGCAGUUGCCGCGUGGAUCGCGUUUACGGCCCUGGCUUAUGCCAUCGGUAUGUGCAUUUUAAUGUUUUUCGGAUGUCCUACCACGAAUAUCACAGGACUGCGAUACGACGAACUGGACCAGCCCAAGUUUGUGUCGCCAUGCUCGGACCAUUGCGUGUGUGACGAGGAGAUGUUCAGUCCGAUAUGCGGCGUGGAUGGGAUAACGUACUUCUCAGCGUGCCACGCCGGAUGCCGGAAUCAGACGUUCGGAAAUGAGUACAGUGCCGGCUACAAGUUCACGGACUGCCAGUGCAUGAACAAUAACGUUACGGAAGCGUAUCCGGGCUCAUGUAAAGACGAUUGCGAGGAUUCGGGCUUUUGGUACAUAGCUUUAUUUUCCUUGUUCGUGUUCAUUCAUUCCACUUCCGAAGUGGGCAGCAUGCUACUCAUACUUCGGUGCGUACAUCCUCAGGACAAAGCCAUGGCUCUCGGGCUCAUACAGUUUGCCAUAGGCCUAUUUGGUAACGUUCCUUGCCCCAUAUUGUACGGAGCGGUCGUCGACUCGGCAUGUCUCAUAUGGGAAAUGACGUGCGGGAAACAAGGAGCGUGCUCUCUGUACAACUCGGACUCGUUCCGUAUCUUCUACCAUGGUGUUACUGGGCUGCUAAUGAUGUGCGCCUUUUUCGUUGAUAUAAUUGUCUGGUACAAAGCGGGGAGUAUAAACUUCGAGGACGAUCAUCAACUGCCGGUUAACGAGGAAGAACUGAGUCAACUGACACCUAUCACUGACAAAACCGAAACAACUGUUUGAUUAUAAUAGGUGGUACUAAAAACAUCAACAUAAACACGAUUUGUCAUGUUCCUUAUUCAUAACCUCGGAGAGAUCUGUUUAAUUUUUAUUGAAUUUUGUACGGAUUUAAUUUAAUACUUUUUUCAUUUAUAACUUAUGUAAAUAUAUUAUACAAUAAAUUUUUUCAAUACUUUUACGAACGUCAAAACAUGACAAAUUUAUAUUAUUAUAAUCACCACACGGUGCUUUCAGUUUAUAUAAAAAAAGUAGCAUCACUCUUACAGUUUAUAUAGGUAGAAUAAUUCGUUUCGUUCUUUACUAGUACAACAAUAAAUUUUAAGUAACGACAAAUUAUCAACAGAUUUUUUUUAUAUGUUUUUUAUUAGAUAUAUUUUUAUAAACGAUUAUUCAUUGUGUAUAAUAUGCAUAUUUUAUUGUUGAUUGGAAAUUUGUUAUUUUAAGUGAAACUUUUUUUCAUAAUUUAAAGUCAAUUACUUUUGCUACAAACAAUCUUUUUUUUUUGUAAUUUUUAUUGUAUUAAGCUUACAGUAUACAUCACUUUAUAAUAAACAAUUUGAUAAUUAUAUACAAUGUAAAAUCGACUUAUCUCACGUUUUUGAAUUAUAAUAAUAUUAUAGUAUGUUGUUUUUGUAAUCUCAAACCACGGAAACCCAACAAAUUUAAACGAUUAAAAGGCUGCAUUCUUUUUAUUAUAAAACAAUAAUAAUUUAUUUUCAUUUUACAAAUUAAAAUCGAUUUUUAUUCGUUAAUUUAUUAUUUUUCUAAUUGAAUAUUUUCUAGGUUUUUUUUAGUUUUACG